UAGACACAUGGGUGGAGAAGGGGUCCGCGGCGUCACUUUUGGAGCUAUUGGGGAUCUUCCGCCUCCCCGCUGCAGACGGAACCUCGGUAUAAGCUUCUCAUCCCUCGGGUGGCACCCUUCUUGAUCUCCGCUCUCGCGAGUCUACCUUCCAAAUCUUAUGCCAGUGUGAAGAGUCCUGUGAGGGCAAGAGAGUAGCCUUCUGGUUCUCCCAGUGCCCUGUUAUUCAGGCAAAUUGUCAUUCCCACAGGAUGACUGCUCUCAGGCUGUCUCCCACAUCUGCUGUGUCUACCCAGGACCCCACCUGUCUGCAAGAGCCAGAAUUUCCUCUUUCUUCAAAAGACCAUUCCUGUCCUCAGAACUUGGACCUGUGUGCUUGCAGUGAUCUGGAGCCUCACAUACCAGCUGGGUUUGGUUCCCAGGAAUCAGUGACUUUCCAGGAUGUUGCUGUGGACUUCACUGAGAAGGAGUGGCCCCUGUUGGAUUCUUCCCAGAGAAAACUGUACAAGGAUGUGAUGCUGGAGAACUAUAGCAACCUCACUUCGCUGGGGUAUCAGGUUGGCAAGCCCAGUCUCAUUUCUCACCUGGAGCAAGAGGAAGAACUGAGGAUGGAAGAGAUGGGCACUCAGCAAGGCCCUGGUCCAGAUUGGGAGACUCCAUCUAAUACCAAGUGGUCAAUUCUUAUGGAAGAUAUCUUUGGGAAGGAGACAUCCACUGUUUUGACAAUGCAGGAAAGAGCUCGUCUUGGAGAGAAAUCCACUAAAUACGCACACUUGUUUGAAGUCUUCAGCAUGGGUGCUCAUCUUACCCAGCCAAUGGGAAGGCAUGCUGGCAAGAGGCCCUAUCACCGCCGCGACUAUGGGGUAACUUUCAAUAGCAGGCCACACCUGACUCAACAUGUGAGCAUGUUUGAUGGCAGAAAAAUGCAUGAAUGUCAUCAGUGCCAAAAAGCAUUCACAACAAGUGCUUCCCUCACCCGGCACAGGAGAAUACACACUGGGGAGAAACCCUAUGAAUGCACUGACUGUGGGAAAGCCUUCAAUGACCCUUCAGCCCUUAGGAGUCAUGCGAGGACUCACCUCAAAGAGAAGCCCUUUGACUGCAGUCAGUGUGGAAAUGCAUUCCGGACCCUUUCGGCCCUGAAGAUACACAUGAGAGUUCACACUGGUGAGAGGCCUUACAAGUGUGAUCAGUGUGGGAAGGCCUAUGGCAGGAGCUGCCACCUUAUUGCACAUAAGAGAACGCACACUGGAGAGAGGCCCUACGAAUGUCUCGACUGUGGGAAAGCUUUCCAGCACCCCUCCCAUCUUAAAGAGCAUGUCAGGAACCAUACUGGGGAGAAACCCUACGAAUGCACGCAGUGUGGCAAAGCCUUCCGAUGGAAGUCUAAUUUUAAUCUGCACAGGAAGAACCACAUGGUAGAGAAAACCUAUGAAUGUAAGGAAUGUGGGAAAUCCUUUGGUGAUCUCGUGUCACGGAGGAAACACAUGAGAAUUCAUAUUGUCAAGAAGCCUGUUGAAUGCCGACAGUGUGGGAAAACCUUCAGGAACCAGUCUAUCCUGAAGACACACAUGAACUCUCACACGGGAGAGAAACCCUAUGGGUGUGAUCUCUGUGGGAAAGCUUUCAGUGCAAGCUCAAACCUCACUGCACAUAGGAAAAUUCACACUCAAGAGAGACGCUAUGAGUGCAUGACCUGUGGGAAGGUCUUUGGUGAUUACCUAUCCCGGAGGAGGCACAUGAGCAUUCAUCUUGUAAAGAAACGCGUGGAGUGUAGGCAGUGUGGGAAAACCUUUAGAAACCAGUCAACCCUGAAGACACACAUGCGGAGUCACACAGGAGAGAAACCAUAUGAGUGUGAUCACUGUGGGAAAGCUUUCAGCAUAGGCUCUAAUCUGAACGUGCACAGGAGAAUCCACACUGGGGAGAAGCCUUAUGAAUGCCUGAUCUGUGGGAAAGCCUUCAGUGACCACUCAUCCCUGAGGAGUCACAUGAAAACUCACAGAGGAGAGAAGCUCUUUGUGUCGCCAGUGUGGAAGAGGCUCCAGUGACCAAGUGCUUUAAUGUGAGCACUCAGAUGGGAAAUGAGCCUUGUGCAUGUGAGAAGGCAGGAAGCUUCUCAUGAGCGGUCACCUUGCUAGGCACAAGAGAAUACACAUAGCUCAGGAGAAAUCUAGUUCCUGUAGAGACUAUGGAAAGACAAGGUGUUCUCAUCCCUUAGAUUUGCAAGACUUUACUCUGGGGUAGAAGACAUACUUCUGUAGUAUAGAGAAGCCUUCAUGGUACAUUCUGCUUUUAAACAUAUGAGAACUUAGGGAACAGAAGCCUUGGCUUGGUAUCUAAUGUCAAGAUGACUGUAGCAUCACCUCUCUCCUUUUGGGCACAAGAGUUAAUCACUGUACAGGGGAGAAUCUCUGUGAAGCUCUGCAGUGACUGGGGAAACUUUUCCUGGUCUCGUGCUUUUAGUAUCCAUGAGAGAAAUCAUACUGAAAAGAGGAGUGUAGGAAAGUCACUAACACGGGUCAGCAGACCAUGGUUUGUAUAGCUUGCAAACUGACAAUAGUUCCAUUUGUAAAAAGGAAGAAUAAAUGACAGAGACCAUCUGUGGCCAACAAAACCUAUAUAUACUUGCUAUCUGGCACUUUGCGGAAAAGCAAUGCUGACCCUUGAUCUACAGCAGUGGUCUCAUUUGGGGAUAAUUUUGCUGUCCAGGAGUUUCUUGGCAGCGUCCUUUGGAGACAUUUUUGGUUUAUUAGAACUGGGGGGGAGGUCAAAGAGUGAGGCAGGUGCUGCUGGCGUGUAGCAAGAAGACAUCAGGGGCACUGCUAAAUGUCCUAAAAUGUUUAGGACCUCCCACCCUCAAAGAAUUAUGUGCCCUCAAAUGUCACCAUUGCUGAGGUUGCAGAUAAUCACUGUUAUUUCUUAGCUUUUACCCACAGUAAUCCCUCCAUUUUUAUGAAUUCUUGUGAGCACUUAAAUAGAAGAAGGUUCUUUUCAAAACUUAGAAAAUAUAAUAGUGAUGAUGUGCAUAUGAGAGUUCUUGAGAGACCCCAGUGGGAUUCUUCCAAUGGAUAUGGAAUUACACUUAAUCAGUCUUUCUUCAUGGAAACAGAGCCCAGCUCAUUAAUUUUUAUUUUAUUUAUUUAUUUAUUUAUUUUUG